AUGCCAACUUCGCCAGCGGGGCCAUUCGAGGCCAAUGCGAGCUCGUCAAAUAAGGGUAGGCUUCGUUUCCAUCCGCUCUUCCCCUCUCCCCAUCUCACCAACUCCAAAGGGGGAGGAACAGAGGUGGUCGCCAACGCCAAUCGAACAGCGUUUCGAAGCCUUCUCUGCUCCCCACCGUCCUCCCCCAAGGUCUCUCUCCGGAAUCUGCCCCCGUUCCCCCCAUCCUCUUCCCUGCUUCACCGCAUCCCCUCCCCUGCUUCACCGAAUCCCCUCCCCUGCUUCCCCCCAUCCUGUCCCCUGCUUCCCCCCAUCCCCUUCCCUGCUUCCCCCCAUCCCCUUCCCUGCUUCCCCCCAUCCCCUUCCCUGCCUCUCCCCAUCCCAUUCCCUGCCUCUCCCCAUCCCCUUCCCUGCUUCCCCCCAUCCCCUUCCCUGCCUCUCCCCAUCCCAUUCCCUGCCUCUCCCCAUCCCCUUCCCUGCCUCCCCCCAUCCCCUUCCCUGCCUCUUCCCAUCCCCUUCCCUGCUUCCCCCCAUCCCCUUCCCUGCUUCCCCCCAUCCCCUUCCCUGCUUCCCUCCAUUCCCUUCCCUGCUUCCCAGGUGUGGCGGACGGUGCACGUGGUGCGGAGCAUGUUGGUGCUGGGGUACGACGUGGUAUUCAUUGAUCGUGCGAUUCUCUGGGGUGCCAACUCGCGCAUUGUCGUUUCCAACGGCGAUCUCUACACGAUUGAUGGGAAGGAGGUUUUGCCCUGCACCUGCCUAGGAAAGAGUUCGCGUUCUCCUCUCGCCUCUCCACGCGGCCUCCUCUCGCCUCCCCGCGCGCGCUCCUCUCGCCUCCCCGCGCGUGCUCCUCUCGCCUCCCUGCGCGUGCUCCUCUCGCCUCCCCGCGCGUGCUCCUCUCGCCUCCCCGCGCGUGCUCCUCUCACCUCCCCGCGCGUGCUCCUCUCGCCUCACCGCGCGCUCCUCUCGCCUCCCCUCGCGGCCUCCUCUAGCCUCCCCGCGUGGCCGCCUCUCGCCUCCCCGCGCGCACUCGCUCUCACCUACCCGCGCGGCCUCCUCUCGCCUCCCCGCGCGUGCUCCUCUUGCCUCCCCGCGCGGCCUCCUUCCGCCUUCCCGCGCAUGCUCCUCUCGCCUUUCGUCGCGUGCUCCUCUCGCCUCCCCGCGCGUGCUCCUCUAGCCUGCGUGAGGGGCUUCACCUUGCCUCCCCUUGCUGCCUCUCCGCGUCUCGCAACGACCUCCUUUCGCGAGCCGCACUCGGAUAUUGCACUUGGCUCCCGCUCCCACUCUUGCAACGACUGUGCUUCCGCACGCCCUCAAGAACCCCCCUCGCACGCCCUCACUUUCCCACCUGUACGCCCUCGUUUCCCCCUCUUCCACGCCCUCGUUUCCCCCUCUUCCACGCCCUCGUUUCCCCCUCUUCCACGCCCUCAUUUCCCUCCCUGCUUGCCCUCAUUUCCCCACCUUUCACGCCCUCCUUUUCCCCCUUUCACGCCCUCCUUUUCCCCCUUUCACGCCCUCCUUUACCCCCUUGCACGCCCUCCUUUACCCCCUUGCACGCCCUCCUUUACCCCCUUGCACGCCCCCCAUUCUCUCCCUUCCCUCCAUUCUCUCUUUAUCUCCCCCUCUCUUCUCUCCCUUCCCUCCCUUCCCUCCCUUCCCUACCUUCCCUCCCUUCCCUUCCCUUCCAUCCUUCCUUCCUUCCCUUCCUUCCCUUCCCUCCCUUCCCUCCCUUCCCUAGCUUCUCUCCCUUCCCUCCCCGCUCUCCCUUUUCUCCCUUCUCUCCAUUCCCUCCCUUCUCUCCCUUCCCGCCCUUCUCUCCCUUCCCUAGCUUCUCUCCCUUCCCUCCCUUCUCUCCCUUCCCUCCCUUUCCUCCUUUCCCUCCCUUCUCUCCCUUCCCUCCCUUCUCUCCCUUCCCUCCCUUCUCUCCCUCAUCUCCCUUCCUUCCUUUCUCUCCCUUCCCUCCUUUUUCUCCCUUCCCUCCUUUCUCUCCCUUCCCUCCUUUCUCUCCCUUUUCUCCCACCUCUUCAUCCUCACCCCUCCACCCCGCCUCCCCAUCUCCUCGUCUCGCCUCCCCAUCUCCUCGUCUCGCCUCCCCAUCUCCUCGUCUCGCCUCCCCAUCUCCUCGUCUCGCCUCCCCAUCUCCUCGUCUCGCCUCCCCAUCUCCUCGUCUCGCCUCCCCAUCUCCUCGUCUCGCCUCCCCAUCUCCUCGUCUCGCCUCCCCAUCUCCUCGUCCCGCCUCCCCAUCUCCUCGUCCCGCCUCCCCAUCUCCUUGUCCCGCCCCCCCAUGAGAGCUGCCUCCCUUCUCAGCUCGCAUACCUCCUUUCCUUUCAUCCUCGGUGUGCAAGUCAUGCCUCCUCAUCUCAUCUCCCCUUAAGGCCUCCCACCACCAUUCCCUGCCUUCCCAUCUCCCCUUUCCUGCAUCCCCAUUUCCCCUCCCUGCCUCCCCGCGUCCUCUCGCUCACUAAUCGCUGCAGUCGCCUGUGA